UACCUUGACACGUCACGUCCGUGAAUAAAAGGAUCAAGUUUCGAAGAAAUAUUCAGCAUUGACUUUUUUUCAUCCACCAUGUCUCGUCUUUCUAGACGUCCUUCACACUCGCAGUCGCGUCGUGUUCUUUCUUCUCUUUCUUUCGCUUUUUUCGCUCUAUUAGCCGUUCUUACUUUCUGUUCACCUGCUGUCAGAGCUGAGGAGUCCAACUCCGAGUAUGGAACUGUGAUUGGUAUUGACUUGGGUACAACUUAUUCAUGUGUCGGAGUUCAACGUGGAGGCCGAGUUGAAAUCAUCGCCAACGACCAGGGUCACCGUAUUACACCGUCAUGGGUUUCUUUCGCUGACGAAGAACGUCUCAUCGGAGAUUCAGCAAAGAAUGCAUAUGCUUCCAACCCCUCAAACACGGUUUUCGAUGCUAAACGUCUUAUUGGACGUAAAAUGGACGACCAAGAUAUUGCUCGUGAUAUCAAGCACUGGCCUUUCGAGGUUCGCGAAAAGGGUGGUAAACCUGUCAUCUCGGUAUCCCACAAGGGAGAAAAGCGCGAUUUUACCCCUGAGGAAAUUUCUGCGAUGGUUCUCACCAAGAUGAAGGAGACUGCUGAGGCGUACUUGGGCGAGAAAGUCACCCACGCCGUCGUCACUGUGCCUGCUUACUUCAACGAUGCUCAGCGUCAAGCCACCAAGGACGCAGGUACUAUCGCUGGCCUUCAAGUCUUGCGUAUCAUCAACGAGCCUACUGCCGCCGCUAUCGCCUACGGUCUCAACAAAAAGGGUGGUGAAUCUCAAAUCAUCGUAUAUGAUCUUGGAGGAGGAACCUUCGAUGUUUCUCUCCUCUCGAUCGACGACGGUGUCUUCGAAGUUUUGGCUACUGCUGGUGACACUCAUCUUGGAGGAGAGGAUUUCGAUAACCGUGUCAUUGACUAUCUCGUCAAGUCAUACAAGAAGAAGACCGGGACCGACGUCUCCAAGAACCUUCGCGCUCUCGGUAAACUCAAGCGUGAGGUCGAAAAAGCCAAGCGAAUUCUCAGUAGCCAACAGAGUACCAGAAUUGAGAUUGAAAGUUUCGAAGAUGGAAACGAUUUCUCGGAAACUCUCACUCGUGCCAAGUUCGAAGAACUCAACAUGGAUCUGUUCCGAAAGACGAUGAAGCCUGUUGAACAGGUCCUCAAGGAUGCCAACGUUAAGAAAGAUGACAUUGACGAGAUUGUCCUCGUCGGUGGUUCUACGCGUAUUCCCAAGGUCCAACAGCUCCUCAAAGAAUAUUUCGGUGGCAAGGAGCCUUCCAAGGGUAUCAACCCUGAUGAGGCCGUUGCUUACGGUGCCGCAGUUCAGGGAGGUAUCCUCUCUGGUGCUGAAGGAACUGCCGACGUCGUACUCGUUGAUGUCUGCCCCCUCACUCUUGGUAUCGAGACCACCGGUGGUGUUAUGACAAAACUCAUUCCUCGUAACACUGUGAUUCCCACCCGGAAAUCUCAAAUUUUCUCAACCGCUGCCGACAACCAGCCAACUGUCUUAAUUCAAGUGUUUGAGGGUGAACGUACUCUUACGAAGGACAACAACCUUCUUGGCAAGUUCGAGCUUUCCAGCAUCCCUCCUGCCCCUCGUGGUGUUCCUCAAAUCGAAGUCACCUUCGAGAUCGACGCAAACGGUAUCAUGAAAGUUGGAGCCGCCGACAAGGCAACUGGCAAAUCCGAAUCCAUCACCAUCACCAACGAAAAGGGUCGUCUUUCUCAAGAGGAAAUCGACCGCAUGGUCGCCGAUGCUGAGAAAUUCGCUUCUGAGGAUGAGGCUCAGCGCAAGAGGAUCGAGUCUCUCAACUCGCUCUCUACAUUCGUUUACGGAUUGAGGACCCAGGUCAAUGAUGAGGAGGGUAUGGGUGGCAAGAUCAGUUCCGAGGACAAGAAGACCCUGCUCGCCACUAUCAAAGAAACCACCGAAUGGAUUGACGAGAACGGUGUUUCUGCUACGGCUGAAGACCUAGAGGAGAAGCUUGCUGAGGUCCAAGGUAUCGUCAACCCCAUUACCACAAAGAUGUACAGUGGUGGCGGACCUUCUUACGGUGAAGAUGAUGACGAUGAAGCUACGAGAGAUCACGAUGAACUUUGAGAAGCUGUUGCAGUAUUUCGCGUUAUGUCAUUAGUUUCCGUAUGAAACUGGCACGACACGCUGGGAAUGGGGGGAAAGUCGCUUCGCGAUUGUGCACUUGGGGGGGAGCUUAAUUUAUUCAAUCAUUGUCAACGACGAGAUAUCUCGUUCUUCCUGCCCCAUAUCAUUUGCAUUCUCCUGGACGUAGCCAAAAAUUUCUGAAGUGGAUUGUGAUUUAUCUUAUUUUCUACUACAUAAAAUAGAAAUGGAUUUCAACCCGAACUCUGAAUGGAAAAUAAUUAAUGACACUCCAAUUUUCAUUCAAA